AUGCACUCCUUUAUGCCGGACUGGAAGUUCGUUAACGAGGCUGCAGAACAAAUCCUGCACAAGGGAUUCAAUGGGGAUCUAUAUCAGCGACUAGGAGGAGCUUUUAUUGCUUCAGAGGCCCAACCCAUAGCACAGGGUCAAGCGUCCGUCGCCUUUCGCUUUAUCAACAAGCACCACUUGGCAUUAAAUUUCAGCACAACACCCUCUCUUGCACGGCUUAUCAUUGCGAUCUUGGAUGGCUCAUGGACACCGGAGCGUGGUGAGAGGAACGAGACCGGAUUUUUGCUGCUUUGGAGGAACCAGGAAAACACCAUCACAUAUCCCAUUCCACCUUCAAGCUUUCUUCUUCGCUACAUCUCAGCACUAUUGCACAUCAACAUAUUCCUGUUUGACACCGCCGCCCGCCCCAUUGUCAUCACCCAUCCCUAUCCAAAAGGAGUUGUCGGUAUUCUUCAUGAUGCAUCGUCAAUUCUGGGAUACUCGGACUACAAUGUACUCGGACCAACUCGUACGGAACAGGACGAUCUUUUCAUUGAUCUACGGCCACCAACACCCCCGUCUCUACCACUUCCACCAGGACCUGCCGCGACAUUCCGAACCGCCAAACGACCGCGCCAGCAGAGAGAAGGAUGCGAGAUCGACAGGGUCGCACUAGAGACCAUCUACAAGGAGGAAUGUGAGGCCCGAGUCAAGAAGGAGGCGGCCGAUCAGUGCCGCACGGCGAAGAAGCGUGCAAAGAAGGAGGCAGAUCCGAGGGAAGCAUUGGAGAAGGCACAUAUUGAUGCAAAGCAAGCGGAAGAGAAACGUGUAAGAACGCCUCGGGGAGUCAUGAAUGAAACUGCUCGACGCGUUCGCCAACACUGCGGCAUCAACGACGAAGAGGACUUUACCAACCAUCACGCAUCGAUGAUGAUUACCCACCCUAUUGGAGAACCUCAGACCGUUACUGGACGAGCUCUAGCGACAUAUAAGGCGGCCUUAUCAAGACACUUUGACAUGGCAUGGAUCGAGGAACAGGACCACAUAUCUGAUCCUACCGUUGCUUCAGCAAACUCAACAACUAUCGCCCUAACCCCAUCGGACAUCGACGCCCAGGAUGACAACAGCAUUCGCACUAUUACCCUACCUCUUGCGAAGCUGCUCAGGACGGAUCUCCCCACGAAGGAUCAAGAUUACAUCACCAAGAGGCUAAACGACGUACAGGGUGAGGUGUCUGACUUUAUGGAAUCCGUUGCCAUGGGAGCGGACGACUACUUCAAGGAGAACCCGAUCGUGGAAGCGGGAGUCAUUACUCCGGAGUGGCAACAGAUUGUAUCCGAUGCUACGGAGUUGAAGCCCCGAGUGAAGGAUCCGGCAACCUUGCUAUCCCAGGAUUAUUUGCAGUACCUUGGAGUUCGGAUUCCAGAAUUGAGACGUGCGAGGAAGACCCCCAAGACUACCACCCACCCCUUGUGGGAUACAGUGCUUGAAAGCAUCUAUAGCGGGAAGCUGGUACCACAAGCCUGGGAUGAUUCAAGGCAUCCUGACUCACCCUCAUCCAACCUCUUCAAGAUCAUUCCAAGCUUGUCUCAAGCCUCUGGUUCCGGCGCUGUGGAUGAUGCCUAUGCUGCUGCUGAUGCCAAUGUCGAGGUCGGAUACCAGUCAGAGGACUCAUCGAAGGAAAGCCUGGGGGGCUUGACGGCCACACUCAUGCGAGAGUACGCUACGAACAUCAAGAUGAUAUGGUCUGGAGACAUUUACGAGAGGUUGAGACGGUACGUGGUGCACAAUGUUCUCCGACUCAAUCUACGACCCCAGAGCGAGGAGAAACACCGCAUCCAAAAGCGGAAGCGUGCUAUCAAGAAGGCCGAGGAGAUGAAGGAGGCGUCGGCAUCGGCAAGCCAAAAGCGUCGAGAGUCCCUGAGGAACUGGAAAAGGCGAAACCAGGACCUAUUCAAUCAACUUGAUCACGCAUUUGAUACUAGUCGAGACGAGGAGCGCAUCAACAAGAUUUUCGGGCUCAUUGACAUCCAUCAAGAGCGGCGGCCAGGAGUCAAGGAGCAGAACAAGUCACGUGGACUCACCCAAAGCGACGACUACGAGACGGACUCGGAGUUUGACGGCUCAGACGACUCAGACGACGAUAUGGAUACUGAGUUGGUUGUUUCGGGCUCGAGCAAGAGCAGCGAUGAUGUUUUAAUGCCUUGCACUCACACAGCAGAUCAAGAUUGCGAGAUGGGGGUCAUGGAGGAGCAGUCAGAUGCCAGUCGCUCUAUUAAUGCAGAGGCUCAGAGCAGUGGUCCGUCUGAAUCUGUGGCACGCUCCUCAACAGGACCAAAGGAGCCGACAUCAAAGAAGCUCCGAGGUCUAGAAGCAGUAGCUAUCAGGUUGCUGGAAUUGCCAGACUCGAACAUACCCAUCACCGAAGAGACAGUCAAGGCGAAGCUCUACGAGCCUGAGAUGUACAGCACGGAGGAGAUUUUGGCCGUCUUGCGGCUAGUGACAUUACUGAGACCGUUUACCCCUAAGAAGGCCCACUCAGGACCCCAGUCAACUUCCUAUCCAAAGAGCGUCUUGACUUUGGGGCCGUUUGUGUAUAUUGCAAAUGCAAUCUUGAGAUCGGCGGGAUACAAGGAUUUCACCCGUAGGAUUUGCCCAGUUCCUGCUGUUGGGAAUCGGCAUGCUGUGCCGUUGGACGCGUCAGGGGUGUAUGACAUAUUUGGCGGGCGAGCACCAGGACGCUUCGAUAUCAAGGGCCCAAGUGGUCGAGUAAUCACCACGUCGACCGUCGCGAGACUGUCUACCGAUCAUCGCAAAUAUGUUUUCGGUGGACUUUUCAAUAUGGCCAUCAUCGACGAUGCCUGCACGAAACAUGGACUUGAGUUCGCACAAAGAAUGACGUACGUCGACUUUUACACAGUACGCAUCACGGGACGACGGGCGAUAACGGGACCAAACCGCCACUUCACCAACAGUGCGUACGAAGACAAGAAGAAGAAGCAUGUUAAGCCAUCAGGUGUAAUCAACUGGACGUCGGAACUACUGGAAACCGGGCACACCCCUCAAUCUGCAGCCAAAGCGUCGGAGGAGAUCAAGAUUGUUCAGGAUCGUUUGGUCACAGAGCUACAACCCCUCAAGAAGGGCCUCAAGGCAGCCACGACGGUCAGGAGAGAAAAGGACCGCACCCUUCGUCACUAUGAAGGACACGACCAGAGACACAAAAAGGGAAUCUACCAGAACCUACAGGAGGCACGAAAAGUCGUCAACAACCUGAAGAAGAAGAUCGUUCCUCUCGAGGCUGAGAUCCGGGAAAAGAAGUAG